AUGACAUGCAUCAAGAAGGCCAACAAGGCCAAGACGCGCGGUGUCACGGACAUUGCCCGAGACCAUCGCAUGUCCAGCCGUGACAUACCCAAGAAGAAAUGCGGCCGCAAGCAGAAAAAGAAGCUGGACAUCGCCUUCGCCUGGCGAGAUCGAGGCCGAACAAUAGUGAUUAUGAACGAAAUCGCCUCAGCUUCCACCGGCCUGCCUGCCGCUGCCAACGUCCAGGCCACCCCGGCCUGCCUUAUUCCCACCGGCAGCAACAAACCGCUGAAGUUUUGCACCAGUGGCUGGCGAAAGACUGCCGAGCCCUGCAGCACGAGCCUUGACGGCGCGCGGUGGACGCAGCUGGUCCGUGACUUUGCUCGGGCUGCUGAGUUCCAGCUCACCCUGAGCGUUCGUGACUCGCCCAAGUCGUCCGAACGCAUUCCGGAGAACGAUGGCCGCUACGAUGCAUGCCACGCGGAAAAGAAGCUCGGCCUAUUUUUUCUCGCCCACCAGAUGAGGUUUACAAUGACCGGGCUCGGUGAGGCUCUCAGCGGCAAGCUUCUAGAAGCAAAGCUGCCUCUUUACCGCCGAAGUGCUCGCAUUUACCUCGGGCACAAGCCCUGCAAGAGUUGUUCUGCCUUUCUGCGCCUCAUUAAACGUCGUACCGGAAUCGACGUCCGCGCCGUGCCGUGCCCUGUUCUCUCCGAGCACGCCCGCAUCCGCACCUUCUUCGACGCUCCUGUGAACAACGCUGGGGCUUUCACAUCCGGCCCCAAGAACAGUGACCUGAAUGACGGCAAGAGCAGCGAGGGAGACGUCAGCGACAGGGGUAAAACGGAGGGUGUAGAAGGCGGAAAGAGUGGCGAUGAUGGAGACGAUGAGGCAGAGGACGACGACAACGACGAUGACGACGCCGACGACGAUAACAUCGUCAUGAGCGAUGGGUACGAUACCCUCGAAGCCGCCGAGGAUGUCCUAGCUGGUUUCCCUCUCGGAAACGUCACUCGACCGCGGUACACCACACCCGUGUCCAAGCUUCACGAGGAAGAGGAGUCGCCCCAUUCUGGGCAAGUGGCCGGCCUGGAGGAGGGUGGGCCCGAGGCCGAGGACGACGAGCCCGGCCUGCCUGCCAGACAACCUGUUCCCACCGCGAAUCUUUCCGUCCGAAGCUCUCCCUCGCCGUCGGUCAGCCUUGCGUCUGUGCUGGACUCGUCCGUCAUUGACCGCCGUGACCGCUUUCCCGUCUACACCUCGCCGUCGCACCGAGGCGGCAGUGCCGCGCCUCCGUCGACCUGGGGGGCCCGUCACAAGCCGCCCAUUACGCCAUGCCUCGAGGCACCCGAUUUUGGCCAGCACACGGGUGACUACAGCAACAACAACGACAUCGGGGGAGUGUCGUCUUCAUGGGUGGCCGCCAACCAACAGUCGUACUUUUUUGGGACCCCCAGUGCUCCCAGCAUCAUGAGUGAGAGCGGACCGGCCCAAGCAAGUGCUUUUGCCAAUACAAACACAGGCAGACGAGAACAUCAGGACCAGCAGCAAGGUCUGCUACCAGAGGCCUCACUGCAGCAACGCGCUCCGCGUUCUCGGUCAAACCUGGACAUCCUCAGUGAGGCGGCUCGCCACGUUGAAGCCAACGCUCACCGUGCCGUCCGUGCCGUUGCAGGUACCGAACAAGGCACUGCUACUGCGAGCACUGCUACAGACACUCCCGGGAUUGUGCACACUCACAUUUGUCAACGCCAUCCGGCCAUCGCUUCGCUUGACAGCAGCCGCGUGAACUCUAUUUCAACCACCCGCCACAGCAACGCCCAGUCAAACCGGAUGCCCAUGUCUGCCGCAAUGCACUCCGCCGCCUCUCGCGUCCCGGUCGUCGACCUGACCGGCGACACCGAGGACUACGCCGCCAGCACACGUCUACCUUUUGUCCGCGGCCUACACAAUCCGUGGGUGCCGAGACGUGAGGCCCCACCGCCACCGCACCCUGUCCUGCAGCCGCCCCCUCGUCCUCGACAGCAGGUCCACGCCGAGCAGCAGCAGCGGCAGCAGCAGCAGCAGGAGCCGGACGUCAUACUCCUCUCCAUCCGCCCCGCCACAACCGGCGGUGGCUGCACGGUGCGUGGUGAGCGGCGGCCUAGCACGCCCCGGCCGCCGAUCUUGGCCAAUGGUCGCCAGACCAUCUUCAAUUCCGGCCACGCGCCUGUUCCUGUGCAGGACCAGCGGAGCCGUCGUCGUCGUGGCGUGGCCUUGCCGGUGCAACGGGGUGGCCGUAGAGGUCGUGGCGGUCGUGGCGGGCCGCCGUCGUCGACGGCUCGGCCGUUUCCUGACCUUUCGUCGUUUAUGUACGGCGACGGCUCGGGGUGGGUGUGA